AUGUACUCAAAGGCUGUAUUUUGGAAGAUAGCUAACUUUUCUCAGGCCGAUCUGCGACACAGUCUCUACGCCAAGGUUGCCAGUCUCUUCGUCAGCUCGAGAUCUGAGAUCAAGUCCUUCGAGCCCUGUCCUAUCGUGAGCACCGCUAACAUGCUGCCAGAGUCUGCAAUGGCAGGUCCAACCAAGCGCCGGGCGCAGGUCGAGAAGGAUCCCAAGCAGGAUUCUUCCAAGGGCUCUUCAUCUAAGUCUCGUGAGGCUACUCAGGUUUCGGUUCCCAAGUCGAUUCCUCGUCUUGAUGGCAACCGCGAUCCCAGCAUCAAGGUACCUGCCAUCGAGUACACCAGGCCCACUGACCUCAAGAACAUUUCAGAGUUCUUGGGUAUUGCCGGCUGGUACACCGCUCGUGGCGCUCCUCUCCUUGGCCUAUCCACACAUCACACUCAUUCCGAAUAUCUUUUCGAAAUCCACUUCCCACUCAUUUGUCUUUUCAAACCCCCAAUUCCAUUCGCAUCCAUGUCUCUCCAGCAUGGCAAUCAUCGCCUUAUGCAGGACACCAGCAACUUCAGACCUCGUCAUGCUAACAUCGGUUUUGAUGGGGGUUUCAAGAUUAAAAUUCCUCAUGCGUUACCAGCUCGCCCCAAGAACUUCAACGCGUACGGCAAGGAGUGCGCUGUCACUCUUAACACUUUCAAUGUCACCAAGGCUCCAGACACCAUUGUCCACCAGUACGAUCUGAACUACACCGGCGAUGCUCUCGACUAUACCAAGCGCGUCCUGCUGAAGAAGAUCUGGAAUUCCAAGGGCGUCAAGGCUGAACUCGGUGAACCUGCUAACCUCUGGGUUUGGGAUGGCAACAAGCUCGCAUGGUCAAGUAAGAAACUCGAGCGCGAGGAGUUUCGCAUCGCUGUCGAUUUGGACCAAGAGGAGGGUAGGCCUACCAAGGCUGGCGCUCGCGGCAACAAGCACACCAUCCAUCUUCGCCGUACGCGUCAGGUAGACUUCCAUCACUUGACGGCCUUCCUGAACGGUCAAGCUGCUUGGUCCAAUGAAUGCAUUGACACGAUCAACUUUCUCGACCAUGUCAUGCGCGAGUCUCCUAGCCAGAAGUACACUCAGAUCAAGAAGUCCUUCUUCCAGCGCGGAGAGCAGCGUUUCGAUCUCGGAGGCGGCGUUGAGGCCUUCAAGGGUGUCUUCGCCUCGCUUCGCCCGGUUCUCGACGACAAGUUCAACAAGAGCCUAUCUGUCAAUGUUGAUGUGGCCAAUGGUACUUUCUGGCGCUCGCAAGAUCUCACCCGCGCUAUCGCCCAGGCCUUCAAUUGCUCGCCACCCCAGUUCGUUGCAACUUUCAAGAAUUCUCUGCGAGACUGGAAGAGCUCUGUUCUCAAGAAAGACUUGCGCCGCUUCAGCAAGGUUGGUGUCUCAGCCACGCAUGUCAAUCCUCCCACCCAGUGGACUAUCGAUGAGUUUGUCAAUAUGGAUGCCACCAGAGCCACCUUCACGGACCCCGACGACCGCUCCAAGAAGAUCACGGUUGCUGAUUACUUCUUGAAGAAGUACAAGAUUCGCGUCAUUUCCGGUGUUCCCGUUGUCCGCAUGACCAAGAAGAUUCGCAAGGAGCCCGUGUACAUGCCAAUUGAUGUCCUGAGAAUUGAUCCCAAUCAACGUUACAACGUCAAGUUGUCGGAUACCCAGACUUCGAACAUGAUUAAGUUCGCCGUCACGCUCCCCAAGGACCGCUGGGCUGCUGUUCAGCACGGAGUUCGUCUCCUCGAUUGGGCGAAUGACCCUUACCUUCUUCACUAUGGACUGAAGGUCAACACAGAGGCUGCCAGAGUCAAGGCUCGUGUCCUUCCAUCUCCCGUUGUCAAGUUCGGUGCCGGAUCCAAGGAGGCGACCAUCAAUCCCAAGGACAUGAUUCAGGGUCGUUGGAGGCUCGAUGGUCGCAAGUUCGCCAUAAUUAACAAGGACCGUCCUUUGAAGGCUUGGGGUGUCUGCUGCAUCCAGGGUCGUGGCGCGCCUAAUUCAGUAGCAGUUGGGGCCUUCUUCCAGAAAUUCGUCCAGGUCUUUGAGGCUCAUGGCGGAAUAGUUUCUUCUCAUCCUCAGCAUGGCAAGGCGCCUUGGAUGGGUCCUGGAAAUUUAGCUGAUGGCGGGGAGCUGGUACAGAAGGCUUGGAACAGCACUGGUAACAAGUAUUCGACGCCUCCUAACUUCCUCUUCUUCAUCGUCAACGACCGCAAUGUCGACGUCUACCGCCGGAUCAAGAAGUCUUGCGACAUUCGCUUCGGUGUUGCCUCCCAGGUUCUCCAGGCCAAGCAUGUCAUGUCUGCGUCACCGCAGUACAUUUCCAAUGUGUGCAUGAAGGUCAACGCCAAACUUGGGGGCGCCACCUGUGUCGCAGAGUCAGCUUUGAUUCCUAGGAUCGCCAAGUUGAAUGCCUACAAUACGAAUACCAUGGUCGUCGGUGCUGAUGUCUCUCACCCGGCUCCAGGCGCUGGAUCCAGCGAGGCUGCCUCAUUUGCUGCCAUUACUAUGUCUGCGGAUCCCAGGUUCGUCAGGUACUGGGCUGAGGUUCAGACCAACGGCAAUCGUGUCGAAAUGGUCACCACCUCCAACAUCGACGACCACUUUGGCGCCAUGGCCAAGGUUUGGAUUCAGCGUAUCGGCAAAGGCCUUGCUCCCGAUCGUGUUCUCUACAUUCGUGACGGUGUAUCUGAAGGCCAAUAUGCCGCAGUUCUGGAGGAGGAAGUCAAUGACAUGAAGCAGUGCUUCAAGAAGCUUGGAUGCAAGGUGAUUCCAAAGUUCACUGUCGUCAUUGCUGGCAAACGCCAUCAUAUUCGCUUCUUCCCCGACCCCGGCAAAGGCGACCGCAACAACAACCCUCUGCCUGGAACCUUGGUGGAAAGUGGAUGCACGCAUCCCUUCGAGUUCGACUUUUACCUCUGCUCGCACGUGGCUAUCAAGGGCACUGCGCGCCCCAUCCACUAUCAGUGUAUCCUCAACGAGGGCAACUGGUUGGCUGCGGAGCUGCAACAGUUCAUUUUCGAGCACUCCUACCACUACGUCCGCUCCACCACCCCGGUAUCCCUCCAUCCUGCCGUCUACUACGCCCACUUGGCUGCCGAUCGCUCUCGCGCUCACCUCAAUGACAGCCCUGUAUCCUCUGGCAAGAAGGAAACCAAGGCCGAGCAGAAGACCCAGACUGGAUCAUCUUCCAAGCCCGCCGUCGAGAUCGCUCCUCUGAUGCCUCUGCAGAACUCUCGUGGCCUCAAGGACGUCAUGUGGUAUAUCUAA